AUGAUCCGACUGAUUACGCUUUGCCAAUUAGUUUUCCAUAUUUGGUCUGCGAUUGCAUUGGAUUUCAGAAACGACUCAUGUGCAUCGCAGGAUAUUAAUUUAGUUUAUGAAACCGACGGUGAUGCUAUAAUUUCUCUGCUGCUGCAGGAGAAGACGUGCCUGGAGGAGGUGACUUCAAAUGAAUUGGCGUCUACCGCAAUUUACUUGCUGCAAAAAUUAAACGAGAACGAAUAUGUGAAAGGAGUGAAAAUAGGUUUAAAAAUUUACCGAAGUUGCGAAGAUGGAGACGAAAAUUGGCAAACAAAGUCCUUACUACAAGCGAUGCUCACACAGUCAAACAAAUGUGAGAAAGUGUAUCACUUAGGUAUAAUUUUAUUAGAAGACAUUUCACAUGUAUCUGCAUUAUCGGAAUCUUUGAAUAUUUCGAUUUGGCCCUUGUCCGACGACGGGCCAUCUUUGCCAGCGGCCGUAGCGCGGGUCCUAGGCGAGGGUCCUUGGAUGACCCGCGGAGAACUGGACGUUGCGAUCAAUGAUACGGAAAUUGCAACAUCGUUCGCGAAACACGCGGCGAUCGAGGGUCUUUGUGUCUUAAGACCUAGCCAGCCUUACCAAUUAAAAAAUUCUGAGGAAGAUCAAUCUGAAAUUAGGGUCAUCAUUGGAGAUGAAAAUUUCAUUAUAAAUUCAAUUAUAAAUUAUGAAAAUGAAACCUUACAAUUUGUGGUUCCGACAGAUGAUAAUAAUACGUACAUCAAAGAUUUAUCCAAUUCCACAAUUAUAUUUGUCAAAAACAAAGUCAGUUCGACAUCUCGAGAUAUUCAGAGCAUUUAUCAGUUAGGAAAUUCUAUACUGAAUAUUGCUGAUAUGCUGAACAGAUAUAUCUCGGAAUACUGUGAGAACGACACGGUAAUAUACUCCGACUUCCCACCGUUUGUAAAGAAGCAAUUUAAGAUACUCAACAAGAAAAGUUUGCAAGAAAUUUUAGACAUUUUUCUCAUUGAAGACAACGAAUUGAGUUAUUAUUAUGACAUACUCAUGAGAACGAACGAUACUGAAAACGAAAACGGUUUACUUAACAUUGGCAAUUUUAAUGUAAUAACAGAUGUUUUGACUUUCAAUUUCAAUGAAGAUUCAUCCGAAGAGAAAGCUAAAUAUUUUGCUCAUGCCAAGUGUCUGCAAGAUCAUGACCCAGUGCAGUAUUGCAAAACGACUGCUGAUACAUGCAGUAAUUAUUUUAAAGGAAAUCAUCAUCAGUAUCAUGAUUAUUUAUAUUUAUAUUUGAGAAAGGAUCCAUGGGUACCAGCAAGUUUGGCUGUAUCCGGAAUUGGGGUCUUCACAACCUUGGCAAUUUUGCUGUUUGUGAUUAUUCGAUUAUGCAAAGGAGAUAUUAUGGAAGGAAAUCCUUUAGCAACAAUUAUUUUGUUGUUAUCUUUAUUGCCAAUGUUUGCAUCAAUAAUACCGUUUAGUGUAACAUUUGAAGACCACGAACAAAAUCAGAAACUAGUAAUAACACAAUCUAGAUAUGAGAACUUUGAACAUGACUUUCUUCAACUGAAUCAGAAUAUUCUUUGUGCGUGGAGAGUGUUUGUUCUUAGUGUCAGCUAUUGUCUUUUAUUUUCUCAGCUAUUAUCAAGGGCAAUUAUGUUGUGUUCAGUAGGAUCAGAAGGUGGUUUUUUAUCACACGUGAAUGGAUUUUUGCAAAUAACUAUAUGUUUCUUCAUGUUUUUGGUACAACUAAGUAUAUCCUCGCAACUGCUAGUUUACCACCUAAAAGACACCAGCGACGUAAAUUUAUGCAGGAACAUAUUUGAUAGUGACUAUUAUUUGACUGCUAUAUCUUAUAAUGUGUUUUUGUUGAUAUCAUUGUUAAUAAUCACACCUUUUGUAUACCGUUCUCAAAGAAACUACAUGGAAGGAAUGCUAAUGACAGUAGCUUCAUAUAUUAUAGCCAUAGCAUGGUUUGUAUGGAUAUUAAUUUCUGUGUUGUUUAGUUCUGGUAGUACAUGCAAAGAAGCUUCAGUGCCUUUAGGUCUUGUGUCGACAGCUUGGAUCGUUUUAGGAGGAAUUUUGGUACCAAGAAGUUAUCUCAUAGUUCGAGGGAUUGCCAGGAGUGAUUUGGUACAGGCUUUGCCUUCACUGACUUCCAUAUCAUUUGCACCACGAUCAAAUCACUAUAUCUCCAGGCAGACAAUCUACGAUUGCGUAAACCCUGCCAUGCUCCAGCGAUCUGUGUUUCCUGCUUCCGAGUUGCCAACUCUGCCAAUGCGUCCUCCUAGAAGAAUGCAGCACGAGAUGAUCGAAGGGCACGCUCCUUACGAUACUCCUCCUAGGUCACCAACGCUCAUGAAUGGACGGGGGCUGGACGAUGGCGGUAAAAUUACUAGGUUUUGA